AUGUCAAAAUCAACAGCGUCUAAAAAAGGAUCAGCAUUGCGAACCGUCACUACGCGUCUGAAGGGUCUACAGACAUCAUUCGACAACAUACACAGCUUUGUGGAACGAUUCAACGAACAUGUCACAGCGAGUGAUGUACAAGUGCGUUUGGAACGCCUCGACAUCCUGUGGGAGCAAAUCAACGACACCAUCAAUGAGGUCUUAUCGCACAGUGACUUUCAUACGGACCCAUCGUCAAUAAUGGAGGAGCGGAGCCUGUACGAAAACCAGUUUUACGAUGACAAAUCAUUCCUCAUGGAUAAGCAUAAAAUGUUGCAGGACACACCAAUUCUGGAUCAAACCACUCGCACAAACACCUCCUUUUCUCAUGGUUCUACUCCGCAUGUCCGUCUUCCGCAAAUAACGCUGCCAAAAUUUAGCGGGAAUAUCGAUGAAUGGAUUAGUUUUAGAGACCUGUACACUUCCUUGAUUCAUUGGCAGGCGGAUUUGCCUGAUGUAGAAAAGCUGCAUUAUUUACGUAGUCAGUUGCAGGGUGAGGCAUUGUCUGUAAUCGAAGCACUACCGAUCACCUCUGCAAACUAUAUAACAGCAUGGGAACUCCUAGUUAAAAGGUACUCCAACCUCAAGGUCAUCAAGCGGAAACAGAUUCAGGGCAUUUUCGAUUUGCAAUUGUUAAAGAAGGAGUCAGCUGGAGAGUUGCACACGUUGCUGGAAAACUUCGAAAGAAUUCUUAAAACAUUAGAUCAGUUGGUACAGCCCGCCGACUAUAAGGAUCUUUUGCUCUUGCAUAUUCUAAGUUCAAAACUAGAUAGCAGCACUCGUAGGAGUUGGGAAGAGCAUACUUCAUCGAAGGACUCGGAGUCGCUCAAGGAUCUCACCGACUUUCUGGCUCAUCGGGUACGUGUGCUAGAAGCGUUGCCAUCCAAAGGGUUGGACCAGCGGCAUGACACCUCACAACCAAUGUAUAAGCAGCGCCCGUCUCAACAGCCACGUGCCAGUUAUAGCGCUGUUCAGCAGACCAGUUUUAGAUGUUCGGUUUGUUCAGAAAAUCACCCGCUAUAUAAAUGUACGGUCUUCGGGCAAAUGGCAGUUUCAGAAAGAGAAGGUGUGCUGCGAACUCACGCUCUGUGUCGAAACUGUUUCCACAAAGGCCACCAAGCUAAGGACUGUAAUUCAAAAGUGUCAUGCAGGAAAUGCAAGGCCCGUCAUCACACCAUGGUAUGCUUCAAGGCGCAUAGCGAUAGUAGAACGAAGAAUAAUGCAGAGUCUGAGGACGUGGCCUCCGGAAAAUCGGACUCAGGGGACGCUUCAGAAACAAGGCUAGCUCAUGUGGCGGUCGAUAGCAGUGUGCUUUCUGCUACCUGCAGCUCACGGAUUCCUACACCAAGGGUUUUGUUAGCAACUGCGAUGAUAACGAUAAAGGACGAUGCGGAAGUCAGCAUUACUGCAAGGGCAUUACUUGACUCAGGGUCUCAAUGCAAUUUCGUUUCUCGUCGCCUUUGUCAACGAUUUAAACUUCAGCAAAACAGGGUGCAGGUCCCUGUGGUAGGAAUUGGUCAAUCGGAAAUAAUGGCCAAAUACGAAGUUCAGUUGACUAUUUCAUCCAGAACUCAGGACUUCACCAAAUCACUGGCAUUACUGGUACUUCCAAAAAUCACGGUGAAACUUCCCAUUUCGGACAUUGAUAUAAAUGGAUGGAAUAUUCCUACGCAUCUGAAGCUUUCCGAUUCGGAGUUUAAUCGAUCCAAGCCAGUCGAUUUAAUUUUAGGCGGUGGUUCGUUUUUCGAUUUCUUUAGUGUUGGACAGUCUAUUGAAUUGGGCGAACGGUUACCGAAACUGAUUGAUUCUGUCUUCGGUUGGGUUGUAGCUGGAGAGUACAACACACUAUCCUACAAUUCGCCCAGAGUCUGCAAUACGGCAACAACCGCAACUUUGGAGGAGCUUCUACCCCGAUUUUGGUCCUGCGAGGAGAUCGGGUUGGCUGAAAGGAUGUCACCACAAGAAGCACGAUGCGAAGAACAAUUUUCAAGUACAGUCAAAAGAGCUUUGGAUGGAAGGUAUAUAGUCACGUUACCGAAGGAUGAGAAGGUCAUUGCGAAACUAGGUGAAUCCAAGGAAACCGCAUUCAAAAGACUGCAAGGAUUGGAACGGCGUUUAGGAAAGGAUCCGAUUUUUCGGAAAAGAUACGACGAGUUCCUGAUGGAGUACCUGAAAUUGGGACAUAUGAAAAAGGUGAAUGUCAACGAAGAUUGUCAGAUCAAUCGAGUCUUCUUGCCACAUCACCCCGUCGUGAAAGAAAGCAGUACAACUACCAAAGUCAGGGUGGUCUUUGACGCAUCCUGUAAGACCGCUACAGGGAUUUCGUUGAAUGAUGGCUUGGUAGCUGGACCGGUCAUUCAGGAUGAUCUUCGCUCAAUAAUAUUUAGAUGUCGAACACGUCAGAUCAUGGUUAUUGCCGAUGUCGAAAAGAUGUUUCGUCAAGUUAUCGUAGCAUCGGAUGAUAGAUGGUUGCAGAACAUACUUUGGCGAUUCGAUUCGAAGGAACCCCCAUCCACGUACGAGCUGACAACGGUUACAUAUGGUACUAAACCGGCGCCAUACCUAGCUACUAGAGCCCUGCAACAACUAACGAUAGAUGAAGCACACAAAUACCCUCUUGCAUCUAAAUCUGCCCGAGAGGACGUGUAUAUGGAUGAUCUUAUUUCGGGAGCUGACGACAUGGAUUCGGCUUCCGAAUUAUGCAGACAACUAGUUUCUAUGAUGGAUAAAGGAGGAUUCCACCUUAGGAAAUGGGCCUCUAAUUGUCCUGCCGUUCUUCAGGACAUACCCAAGGAAGAUAUGGCGAUACAGAACACCGCAGUAGAGUUGGACCCUGAUCCGGAAUUCAUCAUACUGGAUCCUUCGCAGUAG